GAACAUGUGCCAAUUACCAUCGGGCUGAACCGUUUGCCGUGUUGGCCCAUUCAUUCCGGGCACCGCGUGGCGUCUCGCCUCCGCACUGCGUAUUCCUAUAUAAGCUUCGAGUUCAAGAACUCUGCUUUUCUGCAGAUUCCAUGUUCGCCCGCUACACGCUCACCACCGCCCCCCAAUGGCUGAAGCGACCAGCUGCCUGGAGCCCCUGUACAAAUGCCUGGAAAGCACAGGCAUGCUCGAAGCGGCGACCCGGGAGGUGGCCGCGUUCCUUCGCGUCAAGGCCAACUGGAGCGACCUCGAGAAGGCCCGGGAGAGCCUGCGGGCCGUCAGGGCGACGGUCAGGGCAGGGGUCACCGUGGAGGAGGACAAGCUGAACGUCUGUGAUCCUCAGGUGCAGCUGUGGCUCAAACGUGUCGAGGAGCUGCAGCUGGACCUGGACACUCUCGGUGAGGACUACGGCAACUUGAUGAAGUUCUCUUGCCUCGGCCAGUGCACUCAGCAUGCUUCUCGCCGGGCAUCAAUUGGUAAGCAUGUUGUCGAGGUGCUAGACGAGGUGAACAAGCUGAAAGAGGAAGGGAAGGGGUUCAAGAAAUUUGGGUUCAAGCCCCCACCUGAGGUUGUUGACCUCUUACCCCAAAUUGAGACUUUUGGGUUGGAGAGCAUGCAGAAGCAGCUUCAUGAUCUGCUUGAGAAGGGAGAAUCGAACAUAAUUGGUGUGUGGGGUCAAGGAGGCAUUGGUAAGACAACUCUCCUCCGCGUCUUCAACAACGAUCUUGAAAAGAAGGCGCGCAACUAUCAGGUUGUUAUCUUUAUUGAAGUGUCCAAUUCAGAGACACUGAACACAGUGGAGAUACAGCAGACAAUCUCUGAAAGGCUUAAUUUGCCAUGGAAUGAAUCAGAGACUGUUGAGAAACGGGCCAAAUUCUUGAUAAAGGCACUGGCCAGGAAAAGAUUUGUAGUGUUGCUUGAUGAUGUAAGGAAGAAAUUCCGGCUGGAGGAUGUCGGUAUACCAAAUCCAGAUACCAAUAGACAAAGCAAGCUGAUCCUAACAUCGCGUUACCAAGAUGUAUGCUUCCAGAUGGGUGCACAGAGGAGCCUGAUUAAGAUGCAGGUUUUGGAUGGGGAUUCUGCUUGGAAACUAUUCUUGAGCAAACUGAGCACUGAAGCUUGUGAGGCAGUCAGUUCCAACAGUGUUGUUAGGGAGCAUGCGGAAGCAAUAUUCCAAAGUUGUGGAGGUCUACCGCUUGCACUCAAUAUCAUUGGGACCGCCAUGGCAGGUUUGGAAGGACCAAAGGACUGGAUUUCAGUUGCGGAUGCUAUUAAGGCCAAUAUGGACAACUUUCCUGUUGUGGAUGACAUGUUCUCUCAGCUGAAAUACAGCUAUGACAGUCUCACACCGACCCAACAGCAGUGCUUUCUGUACUCCACUCUUUUCCCAGAGUAUGGAUCUAUCAGCAAGGAACAACUGGUUGACUAUUGGAUGGCUGAAGGUUUGUUACUCAACGAUUCUGAAAAGGGUUAUCAGAUAAUUCGCAGUCUUAUUUCAGCAUGCUUGUUGCAGACCAGUAGUUCAACGUCGUCAAAGGUAAAAAUGCACCAUGUAAUCAGGCAUCUGGGGCUUUGGUUGGCUAGCAAGACAGAUCAAAAGUUUAUAGUUCAAGCAGGGAUGGCUUUGGAUAGUGCUCCAUCAGCAGAAAAGUGGAAAGAAGCUACAAGGAUCUCCAUCAUGUCCAAUGACAUCAAAGAACUUUCUUUCUCACCAAAAUGCAGAAGCCUCACCACAUUGCUGAUCCAGAAUAACCCAAAUCUGAACAAGCUGAGUUGGGGAUUUUUCAAAUUUAUGCCCUCCUUGAAAGUGCUAGAUCUUUCUCACACUGCAAUAACGUCACUUCCAGAAUGUGAAACAUUGGUUGCUUUGGAGCAUCUCAACUUGUCACAUACACUCAUCACAAGAUUACCUGAGCGGCUGUGGUUAUUGAAAGAGUUGAGGCAUCUGGAUCUGAGUGUGACUGUUGCACUCGAAGAUACCUUGAACAAUUGCUCCAAGUUACUCAAGCUUCGAGUGCUUAAUCUCUUUCGCAGUCACUACGGGAUUCAUGAUGUCGACGACCUGAAUCUGGAUUCCCUGAAAGCACUAAUGUUCCUUGGAAUCACUAUUUAUGCAGAGGACGUGUUGAAGAAACUGAACAAGACUAGUCCUUUGGCAAAGUCAACAUAUCGCCUGAAUCUGAAGUACUGCAGAGAAAUGCAGUCGAUCAAAAUCUCCGAUCUCAACCAUUUAGUGCACCUUGAGGAGCUGUAUGUCGAAUCGUGCUAUGAUCUGAACACACUGGUUGCCGACGCUGAGCUGACGUCUUCAGGCCUGGAGCACCUAACCCUCUCAGUUCUUCCUUCAUUGGAGAACGUCAUUGUUGCACCAAUGCCCCACCAUUUUCAGCACAUCCGCAAACUGGUCCUUUCGAUGUGCCACAAGUUGAAGGACAUCACAUGGGUCCAAAAACUUGAAAUGCUCGAGAGGCUUGUCAUAACCCAUUGUGAUGGGAUGCUGAAGAUUGUCGAAGACGAUAACAGUGAGGAGGCAGAGGCACUGCCAGAUCAUCCUUCUGGAGAACAGGAAGACGGCACCAAUGAGUGGAACAGUGACGGCCAAAGCGUGUGCAAGAGUGAUUCAACCGAUGGCAAAACACGUAAUGGCUUCCCUAAACUGAGAUUAAUCGUACUGACAGAUGUCAAGAAGCUGCGGAGUAUUUGCAAGCCGAGAGAUUUUCCCAGCCUCGAGACCAUCCGGGUGGAGGAUUGCCCGAAUCUGAGGAGCAUCCCGCUGAGCAGCAGGUAUAAUUGUGGAAAACUGAAGCAGGUGUGCGGUUCAGUUGAGUGGUGGGAGAAACUAGAGUGGGAGGACGAGGAGGGCAUGGAGAGCAAGCUCUUCAUUCCAAUCUGACAGUUGCCAUGUCUCCAACAGCUCUUGAUCAUUAUUUGCAAUGGCAGGAGGCUUCGUUCUGCAUUGGCAGUUUGGCACGACCAGAGUGUUCGGAAUAUGUAUAUGCGAUGAGAUGAUGUUCAAUUCAUACAAGUAGGCUGUACAUGUACAUCGUUGAGUUUAUAAACCUGUACAUAAUAUGAUUCAUUCGCUGCUGUAAAAGUUGCAAUUGUAUACUUAUCUGAAAAAGGUUCUCUU